UCUAGAACAGCCGGCGUAAACAACGCGUCUUGGAUUAUAUUGUUAAGAAAUUAUCAACAAAAAUGAAAGAAACUGAUUUAAAACGUGCUUAUAACAAUGUCUUGGCUCAAGCCAUAUCAACAUCACAGAAGUUCCUGUUUGCUGGCAAUCUAUUUGGCGAUAUUUUCGUACUAAGUUUAAAUGAGUUGAAUAAGGCAACAGAGGAGCCGCCGAGCAAGCUGAAGGUGUUUCCGCAAGGCAGUGAUGUGGACAUCAACUGUCUUGCGUUUCAUCGCGAUUUUCUAAUAGUUGGUGCUAUUGGACUCAUAUACGGGAUCCAAUGGAACGAAGAGGAUGAAACGUUGAGCACAAAACGUGUCUGGGAAAUCAAAAUACCCAUGCAAGUGGAUGCAGUAGAGGUGCCAGAUGUGAACUCGUUUUACCUAUGCUCUGAAACGGAGACAUUGUAUGCUGGCUGCGGAGACGGUGUCGUAUAUCAAAUUGAUCUGGAGGAUGGACGCAUACAGCGCGAAUACCGCGGGCACACAGAUUAUGUGCACUGCGUUGUCGGCCAUCCGGAUGGACGUAUCUACUCUAGUGGGGAGGACGGCACUGUGCACUUCUGGUCGGACAAGCAAAAGGAACCAACAGCAAUCUUAGAGCCGCACAAGAAUCCACAACUACUACGUCCAGAUUGGGGCAAAUGGAUUGGCGCCGUGUCCGUCAAUGAUGACUGGCUGGUCUGUGGCGGCGGUCCUCGUCCAGCCAUUUGGCACUUACGCUCAAUGGAAUGCACUCGCACCUUUGAAUAUCCCGGUCGCGUGCAUGUCUGUGAAUUUGUAGACGACUCAGUGCUCAUCGGAGGCGAGCACAAUCACGUACAGUUCUAUACGCUCAAUGGAACAUUGCAGGCCAACAUUCCCGUCGAGCACACCGCCAGCUACUCGUCAGUGUGGCAAACGAAUCCCUUCAAUUUCAUGUCCAUUGCUGGCUUCAGCAACAAGUUGCACAUAUUGAAAGACUUUCGCUUUCUGGACAGCAAAAUAGAUAUGUACGGAAAUGUGCAGGACGAGAUGGAAGACGAAGAUCAAGAGGAUAACGAUGAAGAUGAAGGCGAGGAUGAUUCGUUUUAGCUUAAUACCUCGAACACCACUAA